UCAUCCUCCUCACCAUCACCACCGCAACCAUCACUACCACAUGCAUCAUCAUCAUCAUCAUCCUCUUCUUCACCCUCCUCCUCCUCAUCAUCAUUGUCAUCAUCUUUACCCUCCUCAUUAUCUUUACCCUCCUCCUCCUCCUCAUCAUCAUCAUCUUUACCCUCCUCCUCAUCAUCAUCUUUACCUUCUUCCUCCUCAUCAUCUUUACCCUCCUCCUCCUCAUCAUCUUUACCCUCCUCCUCAUCAUCAUCUUUACCUUCUUCCUCCUCAUCAUCUUUACCCUCCUCCUUCUCAUCAUCUUUACCCUCCUCCUCCUCCUCCUCAUCAUCUUUACCCUCCUCCUCCUCCUCAUCAUCUUUACCCUCCUCCUCAUCAUCUUUACCCUCCUCCUCAUCAUCUUUACCCUCCUCAUUAUCUUUACCCUCCUCCUCCUCAUCAUCAUCUUUACCCUCCUCCUCCUCCUCAUCAUCUUUACCCUCCUCAUCAUCAUCUUUACCCUCCUCCUCAUCAUCAUCUUUACCCUCCUCCUCAUCAUCUUUACCCUCCUCCUCGUCAUCAUCUUUACCCUCCUCCUCAUCAUCAUCUUUACCCUCCUCAUCAUCAUCUUUACCCUCCUCAUCAUCUUUACCCUCCUCCUCAUCAUCAUCUUUACCCUCCUCCUCCUCAUCAUCAUCUUUACCCUCCUCCUCAUCAUCUUUACCCUCCUCCUCAUCAUCAUCUUUACCCUCCUCCUCAUCAUCUUUACCCUCCUCCUCCUCAUCAUCAUCUUUACCCUCCUCCUCCUCAUCAUCAUCUUUACCCUCCUCAUCAUCAUCUUUACCCUCCUCCUCCUCCUCAUCAUCAUCUUUACCCUCCUCAUCAUCAUCUUUACCCUCCUCCUCCUCCUCAUCAUCAUCUUUACCCUCCUCCUCAUCAUCUUUACCCUCCUCCUCCUCAUCAUCUUUACCCUCCUCCUCCUCCUCAUCAUCUUUACCCUCCUCCUCCUCAUCAUCUUUACCCUCCUCCUCCUCCUCAUCAUCUUUACCCUCCUCCUCCUCAUCAUCAUCUUUACCCUCCUCCUCCUCAUCAUCUUUACCCUCCUCCUCCUCAUCAUCUUUACCCUCCUCCUCCUCAUCAUCUUUACCCUCCUCCUCAUCAUCAUCUUUACCCUCCUCCUCAUCAUCAUCUUUACCCUCCUCAUCAUCAUCUUUACCCUCCUCCUCCUCCUCAUCAUCUUUACCCUCCUUCUCCUCCUCAUCAUCAUCUUUACCCUCCUCCUCCUCCUCAUCAUCUUUACCCUCCUCCUCCUCAUCAUCUUUACCCUCCUCCUCAUCAUCAUCUUUACCCUCCUCCUCAUCAUCAUCUUUACCCUCCUCCUCAUCAUCAUCUUUACCCUCCUCCUCCUCAUCAUCAUCUUUACCCUCCUCCUCCUCAUCAUCAUCUUUACCCUCCUCCUCAUCAUCUUUACCCUCCUCCUCAUCAUCAUCUUUACCCUCCUCAUCAUCAUCUUUACCCUCCUCCUCGUCAUCAUCUUUACCCUCCUCCUCGUCAUCAUCUUUACCCUCCUCCUCAUCAUCAUCUUUACCCUCCUCCUCAUCAUCAUCUUUACCCUCCUCAUCAUCAUCUUUACCCUCCUCCUCCUCAUCAUCUUUACCCUCCUUUUCCUCCUCAUCAUCAUCUUUACCCUCCUCCUCCUCAUCAUCAUCUUUACCCUCCUCCUCCUCAUCAUCUUUACCCUCCUCCUCAUCAUCAUCUUUACCCUCCUCCUCAUCAUCAUCUUUACCCUCCUCCUCCUCAUCAUCAUCUUUACCCUCCUCCUCCUCAUCAUCAUCUUUACCCUCCUCCUCAUCAUCAUCUUUACCCUCCUCCUCCUCAUCAUCAUCUUUACCCUCCUCAUCAUCUUUACCCUCCUCAUCAUCAUCUUUACCCUCCUCCUCAUCAUCAUCUUUACCCUCCUCCUCAUCAUCAUCUUUACCCUCCACCUCAUCAUCAUCUUUACCCUCCUCCUCCUCCUCCUCCUCAUCUUUACCCUCCUCCUCCUCAUCAUCUUUACCCUCCUCCUCCUCAUCAUCAUCUUUACCCUCCUCCUCAUCAUCAUCUUUACCCUCCUCCUCAUCAUCAUCUUUACCCUCCUCAUCAUCAUCUUUACCCUCCUCAUCAUCAUCAUCAUCUUUACCCUCCUCCUCCUCAUCAUCAUCUUUACCCUCCUCCUCCUCAUCAUCAUCUUUACCCUCCUCCUCAUCAUCUUUACCCUCCUCCUCAUCAUCAUCUUUACCCUCCUCAUCAUCAUCUUUACCCUCCUCCUCAUCAUCAUCUUUACCCUCCUCCUCCUCCUCAUCAUCUUUACCCUCCUCCUCAUCAUCUUUACCCUCCUCCUCAUCAUCAUCUUUACCCUCCACCUCAUCAUCAUCUUUACCCUCCUCCUCAUCAUCUUUACCCUCCUCCUCCUCCUCAUCAUCUUUACCCUCCUCCUCCUCAUCAUCUUUACCCUCCUCCUCAUCAUCAUCUUUACCCUCCUCCUCAUCAUCAUCUUUACCCUCCUCCUCAUCAUCAUCUUUACCCUCCUCAUCAUCAUCUUUACCCUCCUCCUCAUCAUCAUCUUUACCCUCCUCCUCAUCAUCUUUACCCUCCUCCUCAUCAUCAUCUUUACCCUCCUCCUCAUCAUCUUUACCCUCCUCCUCAUCAUCAUCUUUACCCUCCUCCUCAUCAUCAUCUUUACCCUCCUCAUCAUCAUCUUUACCCUCCUCCUCAUCAUCAUCUUUACCCUCCUCCUCCUCAUCAUCUUUACCCUCCUCCUCCUCAUCAUCAUCUUUACCCUCCUCCUCGUCAUCAUCUUUACCCUCCUCCUCAUCAUCAUCUUUACCCUCCUCAUCAUCAUCUUUACCCUCCUCCUCAUCAUCAUCUUUACCCUCCUCCUCAUCAUCAUCUUUACCCUCCACCUCAUCAUCAUCAUCUUUACCCUCCUCCUCCUCAUCAUCAUCUUUACCCUCCUCCUCCUCAUCAUCAUCUUUACCCUCCUCCUCCUCAUCAUCAUCUUUACCCUCCUCCUCCUCGUCAUCAUCAUCAUCUUUACCCUCCUCUUCAUCAUCAUCAUCUUUACCCUCCUUAUCCCCAUCAUCAUCUUUACCCUCAUCAUCUUUACCCUCCUCAUCAUCAUCAUCUUUACCCUCCUCAUCAUCAUCUUUACCCUCCUCAUCAUCAUCAUCUUUACCCUCCUCCUCGUCAUCAUCAUCAUCAUCUUUACCCUCGUCCUCUUCAUCAUCAUCAUCUUUACCCUCCUCCUCUUCAUCAUCAUCAUCUUUACCCUCCUCAUCAUCUCCGGUGUCAUCAUCAUCAUCACCACCACCACUAUUAACCCGCUGUAUCAUCAACAUCUGCAUCGUUAUAUCUUCAAAUUCAGGACAAUGUUUUAGUCCAUUCUAUCAACAAUGGAAUAUUCAAUUCAUUUCACAAUUGAGUUUUAAACCAGGAAUUACACCAUUUAUCAAGGUAUUCUCAUUACGCAUUCAGAGCGGCUAG